AUGGAUUUUAACGGUUGUGUUAAUGGAUUGGGGAUAGAGUUGUUGAAUCAGUCCAAUUACAAGGUAUGGAAUACAUGUAUGAAAUCAUAUCUUGUGGGAGAGGAUUUGUGGGAUGUUGUUAAUGGAAAUGACACAAGUCCUCCUACUGACGGACCGAAAAAUAGUUGUGCAUACAAGAAGUGGAAGCAGAUUAAUGCGAAGGCAGAGUUCAUUCUAAAGAGGACAAUCUCCUCUGGUUUAUUUGAUCACAUUAUAAAGUGUAAAUCAACUCAUGAAAUAUGGAGGACCCUUGAUCGCUUGUUCAACAAGAAGAAUGAAGCUCGGCUGCAGAAAUUGGAGAAUGAAUUGGCUAACACCACUCAAAGUAAUCUUUCUAUCUCCGAGUAUUCUUUAAAGAUUAAGAACUUAUGUUCUGAGAUAGGUUUAUUCAAUUCGGAGGAGGCUAUUUCUGAAGCACAAAUGAGAAGUAUAGUCAUUCGUGGGUUGAAACUUGAAUAUAUUCCAUUUGUGACGUCGAUUCAAGGAUGGGCUCAACAGCCAUCAUUGGAGGAGUUUGAAAAUUUAUUGUCGUCACAGGAACUACUAGCCAAUCAGUUGGCUAGUGUAUUUGUCAAAGAAGGAGAAGAAAAUGCUCGUGUAGCCAACAAGAGGAACUUUAAUGGAAAAACGAGAGAUAUGCCACACUCUCGAUCCUCAAGUGGUUUAAGCUCACCUGGAAAGAAGGAAGAGCCUUCUAACUAUUAUGGUAAGAAUACUCCCAGAUGUUAUCGAUGUGGUAAUGUAGGACACAUAAAAAGAUAUUGCCGAGCCAAUGAGAGUAAUAUGGCUCAAAAGGUUACUGAAGAAGAAGAAAAGUGGGGAAUGUGUUUAGUAGCUGAGGCUCCAGCAAUAGAUGCUAUGGUUUCUCUCAACCUUGAAAGAGAUUGGAUCGAGGAUUCAGAAUAUAAUGCAGUCGACCACGUGGAGAAGCAAGACACUGAUGUCAUCGAAAUGAAGCAAGAAACUCUUGAAGAUGUUCAUAUUGGUGACAUGAUAGCUUCUAUCGAAGAAAUCAAGGAAAUAAAUUAUGAACGAGCAGUGCCUGGAGCUAUAUAUGCCGAUGGUGACCUUUAUGGAGAAAGUAUUGAGAAAGAUGUAUAG